UAUGGGAAGGACGUGCUGGUUACAACAAUAACAUUGGAAAAUGGUUCUAAAAAGGAUAUUCCGGACGGUUAUCAUGGGACCUCCGGGCUCCGGGAAGGGCACAGUGUCGGGGCGCAUAGUAAAACGUUUCGGAUUAACGCAUCUUUCAAGUGGGGACCUUUUGAGGGCCAACAUUAAAGCCAAAACAGAGCUGGGUCUUCUGAUGAAGUCAUGCAUCGACCAGGGUCAGCUGGUACCUGAUGACAUAAUCUCCCGUCUCAUCCUAACAGAGAUGAGGAGCAUAGAGCAGAGCAGCUGGCUGCUGGACGGGUACCCCCGCACCUUGGCUCAGGCGGAGACUCUAGACGGCGUGUGCAGUGUGGACAGAGUCAUCAACCUGGACGUUCCUUUCCAGACCAUCAAACAGAGACUGACCUCUCGCUGGCUGCACCUCCCCAGCGGACGCGUCUACAACAUCAACUUCAACCCACCCAAGAUAUCU